AUGACCACAAAGACAAGUCGAAUAGAAACGAAGAAAAAGAAGAAAUACAAGUUGUCAAAGAGUAAGCGAUAUGAUGACAAGAUCAAAAAGGUCAAAGUCAAAGUUAGAUCAGAGAUCGACUUGUUUGAUUGGCAAAAGUGGAAGUUUCAUUGUAAAGAUUAUUGGAUAGAUUCUACCCUUGACAAAGUACCGAGAAUAGACUAUAGAAAGGUAUCAACAAAGGAGUUUAUUCAAAACUAUGAAUCAAAAAAUAUACCUGUUGUCAUUACCCAUGCAACUGAUGACUGGAAAGCACAGGCACAUUGGUCUGAAGAGUAUUUCUUAAAGUAUUAUAAAUCACAUUUAUUUAAAGUGGGAGAUGAUGACGACGACAACAAUGUUUAUAUGAAGAUGAAGCACUUUAUAUAUUAUUCGCAACAUGAAGGACUUAAGGAUGAUUCACCACUGUACAUAUUUGACAGCGGAUUUUAUAGAACUUCUAGAACAAAAAAAAAGUUAGACAAUCACUUGUUACAAGACUACAAAGUACCCAAUUAUUUUUCAGAAGAUCUCUUUAAAUUGACAGGCAGCAGAAGACCCCCUUAUCGAUGGCUCGUCAUAGGUGGUUCUCGAAGUGGUACUGGAAUACAUAAAGAUCCAUUAGGUACUUCAGCUUGGAAUGCUCUGAUCAGAGGUCAUAAGCGCUGGUGUCUCUUCCCACCAAACACUCCCAAGUCACUUUAUGAUCCACCCAUGAAGCCUUAUGAUCAUGAAGGCGUUUCUUGGUUUGACCAAGUCUAUCCUAGAUUCAAAAAGCAGGAUGAUCCAAAUGAUCCAAGAACUCUAGGCGAAAAACUAGGCAUGGUUGAAGUAUUACAACAACCUGGUGAAACAAUAUUUGUGCCUGGUGGUUGGGCUCACGUGGUCAUGAAUUUGGAUUUUACCAUUGCUGUAACACAAAACUUUUGUUCUUCAACAAACCUUGAAUAUGUGUACUUGUCCACAAGGCACUCUAGACCUAAGUUAGGAGAAAAGCUAUAUAGAAAAAUACAAGAAUUAGGAAAAAGAGAGCCUAAACUGUAUAGAAAUGCAGCUGCUUCACUACAGAUGCUUAGAACAGUUCCACGACUACCACCUGAUAGCAGUAGUGAUAGUUCAGCCAGUUCAUCGAGUAGUAGUAGCAGCAGUAGCAGCAGUAGUAGCAGUAGUAGCACUUGUAUCAGUAAUAAUCAACAAAAGAGAAAGAGAAUUAUAUCUUCAACAGAAUCAGAAACAGACUUGAGUGAUGGAACAUGCAUGUGUAAGAAAUGUAAAACUAAACGAAAAAAGAACACAAGAUUAGUAUGA